AUGGUUCACUACAGUCUCAUCCUCGCGGCUCUCCUCUCAGCCACUCUCAGCGCCGCAAUGCCAGCUCCCCAGCCGGAGGCCAAGGGCCUUUACACCAUCCCCGCCGCCGGACUCCCCAACGGCAUGUACGACGUCGACCUCAACGAAGACGGCACUACACACUUCACCCUCGUCGACGUCGCCCACCCUAACUUCACCCUCGCCGACACCGCCGACUCUACCUCCGCCUACCACGCGCGUAACCUUCUCGCCCGCGACAACGAAGGUCCAGGCUGCGGCAGCAGAAAGCUCAGCACAUCCGACAUCCAGCAAGCCUCGAACCAAUGGAUCAACUUCUGCGGCGGCGGCACCAAGUGGUCCGGUCGCUCCAAAGCCUUUUACUACAACGGCGUCGUUGCGUAUGGCUGCUCCUACGGCGGGGAUCAGGGCUGCAACAAGGAUAUGAUGGCCACGCUUUACGGCAAGAUUGCGGGUGCGUGCGGCUCUGAUGUGGAGGGGUAUUAUUCUUUCCCCCAGUUCAAGGCUGGCUAUGGGUACACUGUGUCGAACGGUGGAAGCUUUUGUUAG